AUGCAGUUCCAGUUCCCUUUGCCUUCUGAGUCUGUUGACUCGAAAUCCUCCCCUGGUAACUUCUCCCUACGCAAUUCUGUGACAUUUGGGAGCCUGCCCAUCUUCAAGUCUGGCCGGAAUGGAAGCUCUUCCGCAGCGCCUUCAGGCGCGAUGGAUCCUGCCUCCUCUCCAGACGGCUCCAAUGACGAUGAGCGAGCGGGCAAGCGUCUCAAAUCGAAUGGGCCAAUGGACUACUUGCGGUCUCCAGAAGAGGGCAAUGGAAACCCCCUCGAACAAGCUGCCCAGAAGCAAUACUUGUCUCCUGAUGCUGAUCACCAUAAGAGCGGAGGCUUCGCUGGACAGUCUGAGAUGGUGUCCGACUUCGAGCGGCAAAUGGUUGCGGCUCUUGGCCUGUCGCCCACGGAACCUCGUCCACAGCAAGCCUCGACUUUCGAGCCGCGAUGGAGCCCAGGUGCAGCUACUGCUCUUGAAUCCGAUGGCCCACGGCAACAAUCCAAAGAUAAUUGGAAAGACGAUCCCAGCAAGCGCGGAACUUGCGCCCCGGUUAGCGAACGGCCAAGCGAAAAGACCCUACCAAUUCUUCCUAAUCAGCCCUCUACAUCCGCUGCUGCAUCGAACAUGAAAGACACAUCUCGGCCUAGUAUGCCUGUGUCUGAGGUUGUAAUCCCGGCAACUAAACCGGUGCUUGAAGGGGGUGUCAAACCUCCUCCUCCGCCAAAGGAUCGCUCGCCGACUGACCUCCCAUCGAAGGACGUGCCACCUAAGGAUGACUUACCAGGUUUGCCGCCGAAAGAUGUUCCUCCUUCAAAGGAAGAUCCACCGAGUCCUCCCCCAAAAGAUACCCCGCCCCAAGAUAUCCCUUCAAGGAACCUCGUGCCUCCUCAGUCAGACAAGAUCCCGCGCCAACCGUCGGUCUCAACACUCGGCGCCGGUGAGGAUAGUGCUGGCCAUCUGCGUGAAGGAGAGAUCGACAACCCACCUUCGCCAUUACAGCCACCGAGGAAGGGGUCAGAGGAUCUACCUAAACACUCUGUGUACAACCAACAUCUCCCGGCCCAAAUAUCCGACUAUUACCUGCCAUCGAUCAAAGACACUGCGCCAGGGUUUGGGACGGAUUACGCACCGCGUCCUCCCAGCUCUGCAGAGAUCUUGGAAUCAAAGCGCAAGUCAAUCAGCGGUCUGCCUCCUUCUGCACCGGAUGUGCAGAGCCCGCUUCGAAAUGAAGUGAGGUACUCGCCCGGAACUCGAAGCAGCAUGUUGAGCUUCGGUAGCUUUGGUCGACAAAGCACGAACAACAGCAAAGGAACUCGUCCUAAUACCCCAGCCAAUGAAGUGUCGCGGCGCUUUGCAUCAGGUUCCCCCUCCACCAACGGUGAUUCCAAGAUGGCCAAGUUGAAAAACUUUGGGAAGCGACGCCGUGCUUCAGUAGGCAAUGCUCUCUCCGGACUUCAGGAGGGACUUCAGGGACUGCAAGGACGCGACUCACAGGGCGAGGCCCAGAAGGAAGGUGGACAGGGGAAGCGAGCAUUCAGCAGGAUUAGCGGUUUCUUCGGCCGCCGACAAGAGUUUCAGCCUGUGCAAAGCAAUGCGCACGAUGGUUAUGCCGGUAGAACAGCCCCAGCGAGGACUUUGCCCACACCUCUAUCGGAUGGUCAUACCCAGACUUCCUUUGCGCAGAAUGGACAGCCUGCCAUCGAGGUCGGUAGGAAAGACCUUCCAUCCACCGAAUCAGCCCCUCCAGCACCCGAUUCUCGCCGGCGUGCUAGCAUGCCGCUUUCACCCAGUGCCACGGACAACUCGCUGAUGGCUAGUCGGUUCUAUUCGUCGUUUCAGCCUGCAGGAGAGCCCGCCCUUGCUCAACACGGUCGAACAAAAAGUCAGCCUAUGCUAGCCCCGCUACCUCCAUCGCCCAUCGGGGGAUCCGAGUCUGACAAGAGCGGGUCGUGGUCGUCUCCUCCCCUGUCCGAUGUGAAUGAUGUAGAGGAAUGGUUGUCACAGAAAGAGCAGGACAAUGUCCAACCACCUGUGCCCCCCAAGUUGCCUGAGCCUUAUCCUACGCCUGAGCAAAUCCCGGAAUCAUCCAAGGAAGCACAGCCAGCGAUACAGCCGGAGCAAGUUACAUACGAUCCCAUCAGCUACCAUGUCCCCGGCCCACUGCAGAUGGCCAGGGAAGCCCCAUCUCAGAGCCAAGAAUCCAAUGAGAACCACGCAACUUUUAGCGUGAAACCCCGCAAACCACUGAGCGCCCAAGCCGAGUCCACCGAAACAACCGAGAUGCCAAUCCCCAAAAGCAUCAGCGUCUCCAUCGCCUCCAUCCUCUCGGCACACCCGCACCGCAGCGAUGCCCGGACGGUCAACGAGACGCCCGAGCCAGUCGAGCUCGCCAUCACCCACGAUGACUCCAGCGAGGAGAUCAUCAUGUCUCCUACAUCGUACCCAGGACAAGAAUGGACGCCGACACAUUAUUACUAG